AUGGUCAUUGCAUCGUUGGUAUAUCUUCAAGAUAUAACUUUACCAGUUUCGGUAUCAUCAGAUUUAUGGAACGAAUUCUUUGAUCAGAAGUCGUCCCCACAUUACGUCAAAUUAACACUUCCUUCCUAUAUCAAGUAUCAAGAAGUCUCAUUUGUGGCCCAAUGUGCUAAUAAUAGCAGUCUGGAGUUUGGUUCUGUUGGCCUCCCAUCAAACUUCUUUAAAUCCGAUUCAGUUAGACCUUAUGUGAACUCAGUAAUAAUUGAACCAUACUUCGAAAAGAUUCCACAAGCAGACACUCUAAUCCUCUCAUUGAAACCAAAUCUUUACGAAGAACUUAACCAAUUGUCUACAGAAGAGCAAUGGAGCUUUUUAAAGCUCAAAUUUCACAUAGAGUUCAAUGUUACCGUUCUAAACGUUAAUCAAAUCAUAUAUCCAUCUUUUUGUCAAGUCUUUUCAAUUGCACCGGAAGCAGAAUUCUCAGUAAUCAGUGAGAACACUCAAGUGGUUCUUAUACCUGAUUCAUCAAUUGAUACUGAACAUGCAAAAAGUUUGGAUGAUAACUCCAAACUCGAUCGUAAAUCGUUCGUUACCGUUAAACUACAAUCAUUAACUGAACCUGUCCCAACAGAGUUUAUAUCACCUCCACAACAAGAUACGGCAGAUAACGAUAUAUUUGCAUUUGUCCAACCUAUUACUUUACUUGAGUUAGGAAUUCCCAGCGGUUCAUUUGUACGUCUUACCUCUCAAAAUGAUGAAAUUCUUGUACAGUUAUUCGUUUUAUUCUCUCCGAACCCAUUUGAGAAAGACACCAUAUAUGUCUCGCCAAGAGUUAGAUAUAUGUUUAUGAACGAAAAUCAAAUUACCAUUAAAAAGACUAGUUUAACUAGUAAGAAGUUGCCAGUAGCGAACUCCGUCACUUUAUCGAGAGUUGGUUGUCCAGUGAACGCUCAAAGAAUAUACCAGGAUAUCAUUUCACAUCAACUUGGGGAAUACUUCAAUGGAAAACAAAGAGUUGUGAGAGUCGGUGACUUGAUACCUGUUACUUUUGACUCUAAUUAUGCAUCCAUUUUUUCAGAGCAGAUAAAAUACAGUAGUCAUGACACGCUAGUAUGGUUUAAAGUUGAAGAAAUUCAGGGUCCUUCCACAGACCAAUAUUAUAUUAUUGACAGUUCGAUUACUAGAUUAACAACUGAAAAUAUUGUUUCUAAGGAUCUGAUGCCAGUUAAGAUCUGUGAUUGCAACAAAUAUUAUGAUCUUUCUCCAUUGUUUUAUUAUGAUGAAAAUGUGUUCCCUCAUGCCUUACAAUUUAGGAAUAUAUUAAGUACUGCUGCAAAAUGCUUUGAGAGAGGAAUUUCAAUGGGUACUACUAUUCUACUUCAUUCUCUUACACCUAAUGUCGGAAAGACAAUGUUGACUAAAUCUUUGUGCAAUGAACUUGGUUUUCAUUUAAUUCAUAUUGAUUGUUUAACUUUGACUGCAAACACCGCGGUUUCUGACGCUACAAACAAGACUAUUGGUUAUAUCCGGGCUAAAAUUGAGACCGUUAUAUCGUGUGCGAAACAGGCCGUGAUAUACAUUUCUCAUUUAGAAGCAAUUUUAGAAAAUGAGCAAGCUCAGCAAGAUAAUACUGGAUCAAAGUUGGCUCGACUUAUGAACGUUGAAAUGGCAAAUUUGAUAACAGAGUACACCGAAAAGCAUAGUGGUAUUAUAUUCGUAGGAUCCACUAAUGAUCUUGAUGGAAUACCCCCUUUAGUUAGGUCUAAAAUAAAGUUUGAACUUGAAGUUCCAGUUCCAACUGAAGAUCAAAGGCUUGCGAUGUUUGAGUGGUAUUUCAACCCCGCUAAACUAAACAGACACAAUUCCAACUAUACCGCAGUUUUGUCUAAAACCGUUAAACUACGAAACGUAGCUCUUCAGUCUGCUGGCUUAACGCCUCUAGAUAUAAAGUCAAUCGUUCAGGCAUCCAAACGCAAAUCUUAUCAGAAUGUCAAGAAUGGUGUCAUUUCGAUUACAGAGUCAGAUAUAACUGCUGUUAUUAACAUUGCAAGAGAUAGACUUUCUGACUCUAUCGGGGCACCUAAGAUUCCAAAUGUUACUUGGGAAGACAUUGGUGGUAUGGAAAUGGUUAAGGGUGAGAUUAUGGACACGAUUGAUAUGCCUUUAAAGCAUCCCGAACUCUUCUCAUCUGGUAUGAAGAAAAGAAGCGGUAUAUUAUUCUAUGGGCCUCCUGGUACGGGUAAAACUUUAUUAGCUAAGGCGAUUGCAUCUAAUUUCUCGUUGAACUUUUUCAGUGUAAAAGGUCCGGAGUUGUUAAAUAUGUAUAUUGGUGAAUCUGAAGCCAAUGUCAGACGUGUUUUCCAAAGAGCUAGAGAUGCAAAACCGUGUGUUAUUUUCUUUGACGAGCUUGAUUCAGUAGCACCUAAGAGAGGAAACCAAGGUGAUUCUGGAGGUGUCAUGGAUCGUAUCGUAUCACAGCUAUUAGCAGAAUUGGAUGGCAUGAGCUCAGGCGGUGAUGGUGUUUUCGUUGUUGGAGCCACAAACAGACCAGAUCUACUAGAUGAGGCCCUUUUGCGUCCUGGCAGAUUCGAUAAGAUGCUAUAUUUGGGUAUAUCUGAUACUGAUGAAAAACAAGCAAAUAUUAUUAAAGCAUUGACCAGGAAAUUCACUUUGGCACCUGGCGUGGAACCUCUAGAUAUUGGCAAAACAUGUCCUUUCAAUUACACGGGUGCAGAUUUCUAUGCAUUAUGUUCAGAUGCGUUACUAAACGCUAUGACAAGAAUUGCAGGGGAGGUUGAUAAAAAAUGGGAACAAUACAAGAAUGACAUUGGUGAACACGUACCAUUGAGAUACUGGUUUGACAAAGUCGCCAAAAAAUCAGACUUAGAAGUGGUCGUGACACUUGAAGACUUCGAAUUGGCAAAACAAAAAUUAAUUCCAAGUGUAUCUGAAGAUGAAUUGAAUCAUUAUUUAAAAUUAAAGCACAGUUUUGAAUCCGAGUAA